GGACGUUUUGAGAAAAGAUAUAAUGGAAAGAAAAAAAAACUUUGGGAUGCUUCAUACUCAAGAACAAUGGGAAUCCCUGCAAUAGGAUCAUGCCCAGGAGAGAAACGCUCACGGGGCAAAAUAAGUAUUUUUCCCACUUUCUGGAUCGAUGUCCAAAUUUCUUAUCAUUUGUUUCAACUGAAUAAAAAGCUGUAACUGAAAAAGCUACUAAACACUAAACUUAAACAGUCAACAUUAUUGCAAUGUGUGUGGAGAAGAAGAAGAAGAAGAAGAAAAAAGUAAAAGGGGGGAAAUGUAUAAAUGGACAAUCCCACAAUCUUCACGAAUAAGUUGGUAUUUGAGGAGCAACACACAGAAAGUUUUGGGCGAGUGACUUCAUGGAUAGGAGUGUGGAGAGCGAACAAUUUUUAAAUGUAUAUAAUAUGCCUUUGAAAUAUUCUCUAAAACGGCUUUGGAAGUCACGAGAGAGUAGUGAAUGGGAUGAAUGGGAAAAAAGGGCUCCGUGUGUAUUAUAAAAUUUGCCAAAUGAUGUGAAUAUUUUAUGCGCUGAUCAGUGUUCCUCCGGCUUUAAGCGUGGAAACACAUUCGGGUACUGGGGCUCAAUAUUUUUAAUUUUUGUCAAUCCCUUUUCUUAAAUCAUUUCUCUAACAAUUUUUCUCUGAGCAAAUCUUUUAAAAUAAGACAGUGAACUUUGCGAAGUGUUUGAGUGAAAAUUAUUGAUGAUUUGUGGGUGCAAUUGAGAGGUUUUACUUCAUCCGUUUUAGUGGUUUGAAGAGGAAAUCCUAAAGCAGGAGAUGGAAAAACUGUGGCAGUUGUUAGCUAUUUUAGCUUUUGUCGUGUGCUCUUUCGUGGUUCCCAUCGAUAAACAUCAUGUGUCUGCUGUUGAAUCCUCUCGUCACACUAGCCACCACCAAAGUGUUGCCACCCACAAGGACAAUAUGAAUUCUGAUAUAGUGUUCGAUGACCUUCCAAUGACGUCAGCUAUGGGAACAAAUUUACUGGAUGAAGAUUUACAUAAUCUGCAUAAAAAUAAGACCAAAUUCCACAAAGGACUGAAGAAGAAGCAAAGACGUCUCAUUCUCAAAGAACGUAAGAAAAAGCAGCGAAUGAAGCUUAAGAAAAGUCAGAAGAAGAGCUUGAAGAAGAAGAAACUCAAAACAACUCCUGCACCAUUCCUGCCUUUCCUUGACUCUAUGGUAUCAAAGAAGCGAGUGCUGAGGCAGAAAUCUCUCUAUGAUGGCGAAAAUGACGAUGAAGAUAGUGAUUUUUCUGGUUCUGGCUCAAUUCCUGAAAUUACUGGAGAUCGUCUGUUUCAAAUGUCUUUUACAAUUCUGGAGCCAUGGAAAGACGAUUAUAACAACCGCAGAUCAUCAGCUUAUAGGGUACUUUUAGGAAAUCUUACCGAAUCUCUCGAGAAGUUCUUUAACGAUGUUCUGUUAGAUGACCGGAAUCACAUUGGUGUUAGAGUAAGGAGGGUUAAUCAAGGUGCCAAUCAUGAAUCUGUUGACGUCUUAGCUGAUAUUACGGCUGAUCAGCCCGUAUCACUCGUCAAACUAGGCAGAGAACUGUCUCGACAGAUCAAAAAUUAUCGUCGAAUUGGCAAAAUUGGCGUACAUGAUAGAAAUUAUUUCUUCAAUACUGUAAAAGAAUGCAACGAAGAUCAGUUCCGAUGCAAUGAUGGAUUUUGUAUUUCGAGUGAACUGAUGUGCAAUAACGUCCCGGAUUGUCCUGAUAAUGAGGACGAGGAACUGCCGGAUUGUCCUUUGGACAAUUGUCAAGACAAUGAGUUCACAUGCGGCGAUGGACACUGUAUUCCGUUAGAAAAUCGUUGUGAUGGCGUUAACGAUUGCACAGAUAAUACAGAUGAACUACAAUGCGACGAUAAUCCUACCACAGACAGAGAUGACAAUGAUACGGAUGAUUCCUGCACUUAUUAUGAAUUUCAAUGUAAAAAUGGGAUGUGCAUUGAUAUAGAGGAUCGAUGUAAUGGUCGCGAAGAUUGCAUGGAUGGAAGUGAUGAGCAAAAGUGUGCAGGAUGCAAAGGUGAUGCUUUUCACUGCUCCAGCGGCGAGUGCAUCCAUCACAGCUUCCAAUGCGACAAGCGCCAACACUGUGCCGAUCUUAGUGAUGAACUCAACUGCGGGUUCGAUCGUUCACCAUGCACAGCGAACGAAUGGCAGUGCUUCAAUGGAGAGUGCAUCAACAAGGACUUUGUAUGCGAUGGAUCACGGGACUGUUAUGAUAAUUCAGAUGAGGCUAAUUGCGAUGCUAGAAACAAUAUUACAGACGUCCAAUGCGCUGCAUAUGAAUUUCCUUGCGAUGGUCAGUGCAUGAGCGAGAAUUACCUGUGCGAUGGUCGUGUUGAUUGUAGUGACGGUAGUGAUGAGCAGAAUUGCCCAGAACGAGGACCACCAGAAACACCUGCUCAACCAUUCCCAACGAUUUGUCCAGAGCUCUACUGCAGAUCAGAUUAUAGAUGCUAUAGUUAUGCUCAGAAAUGCGAUGGCAUUAGAAAUUGCUAUGAUGGAUCGGAUGAGGUGGAUUGUCUAAGACCUCUUACAGAAAGUCCAGCUGUGCAGCCACCGGCGUGGUCUUCACAGGGCGACAUUAGACUUCGGACAUAUCCAUCGGAUCAAAUUAUCAAGGAGGGACGUGAAGUUGUUUUUCAGUGUCGCGAUGAAGGCACCGCUAGAGCUCGUGUCCGAUGGACCAGACUUCAUGGAGCUUUACCACCAAAUGCAAAGGAUCUCAAUGGACGCCUUGAGAUAUCCAAUGUUCAAGUGGGUGACAGUGGAGAGUACUACUGCGAGGCUAUUGGGUAUCAGACUUACCCAGGAGCUAGAACAACGGUAUAUCUUAAUGUUGAGAGGUACAAUCCUGUUCUAGAUGCUCCAGUUGGAUGCCCACCAGAGAAAGCCACCUGCAUGAAUGGUGCAUGCAUUGAAAAGAAUCAGGUGUGCGAUGGUACGUACGAUUGCUCUGACGGAUCUGAUGAAUCUGGAUGUAGCCGAGCAAAUAGUUGCGAACCCAAUGAAUUCCGUUGUGCCAAUCGAAAGUGUGUGGCCAAAACCUGGCGAUGUGAUGGUGAGAAUGACUGUGGAGAUAAUUCGGAUGAACAGGAAUGCGCCACAACAUCACCUGAUGCUCAGUGUCGUUUCCAUGAGUUCCAAUGUAAAACAGGACAAUGUAUACCCAAGUCCUAUCAGUGUGAUAAUCACCCAGAUUGCUUUGACAAUUCUGAUGAGAUUGGUUGCUCCAAGCCAACAAUUGUGCAAACUCCACCUCCAAGGAUGCACCUCAGUACUGGAUCAAUUUUCAACAUUACUUGCCGGGCUGUAGGAAUUCCUGUACCACUUAUUGUCUGGCGCCUCAAUUGGGGUCACAUUCCAGAUAAAUGCACCACAACCAGUGUCAAUGGCUUUGGGGUACUGACAUGUCCUGGAGUUGAAGUGCGGGACUCUGGUGCAUAUUCUUGUGAGGUCAUAAACUCGAUGGGUACACAAUUUGCGUCACCGGACACAAUUCUUGUGGUUGAUGGCACUGAGGUCUGCCCUAGCGGAUACUUCAACUCUAAGGCAAUUCGCCAGGAGGACUGCAUCAAUUGUUUCUGCUUCGGAGUAUCGACACAAUGUUCAAGUGCAGAUCUGUAUAUCUACUCUCUGCCACCACCAGUAACAUCUCUACAUGUUGUCGGCGUUACUGGUCCAUGGACUGGACAGAGGGAAAUUGAAGUGUCUCAGUAUCAAGCUCAUGAUGUUAUUGCAACAAAAUUCGGAAUUAAAGUUCGACUGUCGGACUCUAUCCAUGAAACUGCUUUCUACGCCCUUCCACGGGAAUACCUUGGUAAUCAAUUGAAAUCCUAUGGUGGUUAUCUCACUUAUGAUCUUGAAUAUGUUGGUAAUGGACCUGUAAAUCAGGCUCCCGAUGUUUUACUUCUUGGAAAUGGAUAUAAAUUGAGCCACAAAAUUCGCGGUCCAGUGAAUAGUGAUUCCCUACACCAAGUUAAGGUAGAAUUUCACGUUGGUGCGUGGUACAAGGAAGAUGGACGUCAGGCUACAAGAGAGGAACUCAUGAUGGUCCUGGCCAACAUUGAUAACUUCUUAAUUAAACUCAAGUAUGGCGAGAGUCAACAAGAGGUUCAAUUGAGGAAUAUUGCUAUGGAUUCUGCAGCCACAAUUGACCGUGGAUUGGGAUCAGCUACACUCGUGGAACAAUGUCGUUGUCCUGUUGGCUAUACUGGUUUGUCAUGCGAAAGCUGUGCUAAUGGAUAUGUACGUCAGGAAACUGGAUCUUGGCUGGGUAGAUGCAUUAAGGAACCAGAAACCUGUCCAGCAGGUACUUACUUACCACCCGGCGAGUCCUCAUGUGUUACUUGCCCAUGUCCAGGAGGACCGUAUGGUGCCAAUUACGGAUACUCAUGCUAUGUUGCUGGUGGGGAGGUCGUAUGCGCUUGCAAACCAGGUUACGCGGGUAGACGAUGUGAACAGUGUGCUCCUGGAUAUUCAGGUAAUCCUAUGGUCCCAGGAGACUUUUGUCGUGAACUACCAACUAGUGACUGUGAUGCUCAAGGCACGCGAACCGUCGAUGCCGAUGGAAGGUGCUUAUGUAAGAAUAAUGUUGUGGGAAGACGGUGUGAUCAAUGCGCUCCGAAUUCCUUCUAUCUCAACCCAGAAACACCCAAUGGCUGCAUUCACUGCUUCUGCAUGGGCGUCGCUAGACAAUGUACCAGCAGCAAUUACUAUAGAGAUUCAAUCCAAUCAACUUUAUACAGAGAUCGCAGUGACUUCGAUAUUAUAUACAAUUAUGAUGAUCCUCAGUUGGGUGAUCGUGAGAGUGUCCAAGUUUCCAGUUUUGAAACAGUUUUUAGAAAUGUUCAGCAUGAUGACACUGAGGUCUACUACUGGAGUCUACCAACGAGAUUUGUGGGUGACAAAAUAACUUCUUAUGGCGGAAUCCUGAAUUAUACUUUACGUUUUACUCCACAACCCGGCUCAGCUAUGUCUCGCAACAGUGCUCCUGAUGUGGUGAUUAAGUCUGAAAAUGAUAUUACAAUCUUACACUUCAGAAAAGAUGAAAUUCGUCCGACAAUUCCUCAGUCGUACUCUGUGCCAAUUGUUGAGCACUAUUGGCAGAGGAGUGAUGGGAAAGAGGUCAAUCGGGAGCACUUGCUUAUGACACUCGCUGAUGUGUCUUACAUAUUUAUCAAGGCAACAUACACAACCACCACAGAUGAAGCAGCACUCUCUCAUGUUUCUCUAGAUAUUGCUGUGCCGAAAGGGGAUCAUACGAGUGGUAGGGCCUAUGAAGUGGAAAUGUGUCAGUGUCCUCAAGGAUACACUGGAUUGUCAUGUGAGGAUUGUGCUCCAGGAUUCAUGAGAAGCGAUCAGGGAUUAUAUCUUGGACUUUGUGAGCCUUGUCAAUGCAACGGACACUCCAACGAUUGCGAUCCCGUUACUGGAGUUUGCAAUAACUGUGAGCAUAAUACCAAAGGAGACUAUUGUGAACAAUGCAUUGAUGGUAGAGGGAAUGCUACAAUGGGCACACCUUAUGAUUGCAUCGGCGGUGAUGAUCUCAGAGGAUGUGAUCAAUGUGAUAGUCGUGGAUUUGUUUCAUGCAAUGAAAAUCAAUGUCAGUGCAAGAGCAAUGUGGUGGGCAGUCAGUGCGAUAGAUGCCGUGUUGGCAGUUUUGAUCUACAAGAUUCAAAUCCUGAAGGAUGUACCAGCUGUUUUUGCUUUGGUGUCUCAGACACAUGCAUAGCCUCGAGAUUGUACCGUGAAGAAAUACCCAUGAUAAUCUUUGGUGAUCGUUUUAGGAUUACCACGAGUGAUAAUAGUUUGGUGGCUGAUCAUGAUGAACUGGCUACGGAUAUUUCAACAAAUACUGUGUCAUACCAAGCUUAUGAUGAUAAUACGGUCUACUGGAGUCUACCUUCUCAAUUCAUCGGCAAUCAAAUACAUUCCUAUGGGGGAACUUUGUCUUACAAACUCAGCACAGAAGACAGGGGUGGGUAUGUCAGAGACAAUGAUGUGAUUAUCCAAGGUAAUGGCUUGACACUAACUUGGGAAAAUUCCAAUGAGGAUCACUCUUCGGUGGUGGUACCAUUUAUAGUAGGUAGCUGGAGAAAUGGCUAUCAGAUGGCCAGUAGGGAAGAUCUCCUAACAGCUUUGGCUAACUUGGAAUUCAUUCUCAUUCGUGCGACUACACAUCAAGCCACGACAUCCAGUCAUAUAAGUGACAUUAUUCUUCAGACUGCUGUUAGUCAAAGAACUGUCUUGGGAAGUGCUGAACACAUUGAAGUAUGCAGAUGUCCACCAGGAUAUGUUGGAUCUAGUUGUGAGUCCUGCGAUGUAAUGUACUAUCGUGAAACAGCACCCAAUGGACACCCAGGAGCUUGUAGACGCUGCCCAUGCUCAGAAAAUGCUGAAUCGUGCAGUGAGGAUGUUUAUAGGCGUCUCACAUGCCACUGCCGUCCAGGAUAUAGUGGUGAAAUGUGUGAUGUUCCUGAUACUCCUGAUAUUCCUGAUACUCCUACAAUCUCAGUAGUUGUUACAUCGCCUACUUUGCAGAUUGUGGAAGUUGGUCAGACUGUGUAUAUUAACUGUACAGGACGGCACGUAAUCUCCAAUCUCCCUAUUGUUGUGCGAUGGUUCAAACUCGAUGGAAGAUUGUCAGAGCGAGCGAGGGCUGAUCAUGGUACUUUGAUCAUCACCAAUACCCAAGUGGAUGACAGUGGAGUGUAUGUGUGCCGUGGGGAGAAUAAUGAGGAAAUUGUAGAUCAAAGAGUAUCCAUUACAGUGAGCUACUCGAGACGGCCGGAAGUAAGAUUUUAUCCAUCGAGUCUCGAUGUAGAGGAAUACACUUCAGCUCAAGUCACUUGUGAGGCCACAGGUAGUCCACCACCAAUCAUUGUUUGGGAAAAAAUUGAUGCACUCGGCAGGAGUACAAUUUUGCUGACGCCUGAGAAUUCAGGUGUAUUGCGUUUUGGAUCUAUCCGGAAGACCGAUGAGGGACAAUAUCGGUGUACUGCGAGAAAUAGAGAUGGAGAAGAUAGUAAAAUACUGACUGUUAAUGUGCGGGAGCAACAAGUCUAUCCACCACCAAUAACUGAAAUUGCCAUCUUCCCAGCUAGUUUUACGGGACGUCCUGGGGAUAGUGUAGAAUUCAGAUGUAUUGGAGAAGGGCAUAUUUCUUGGCGUAAAGAGUACACAAUGUGGUUGCCACCCAAUGUUAUUGCCAAGGGACACAUUCUGAGUAUAGAGAAUGCCCGAGAGGAGGAUUCUGGUCAAUAUGUUUGCACAUCAAUACACCAAACUGGCCAACAAUACUCAACAGUGGCUAAUCUGACAAUUAUUGAACACGAAACACGAUCAUAUCCAAAGAUACAACCCAUAGAACAAAAUCAUUUGGUGAUUGAGAAUUCUGAUCUAUAUUUGGCAUGCGAUGCCACAGGAAGUCCCCUACCAACAGUAAAAUGGACUAAAUUACAUGAUUCCUUUGAUUCCAAUGUGCAACAGAUUGGGAAUCAACUGAGAAUUCUAGGAGCCAAGCAGUACAAUAGAGGAGUUUAUGUUUGUGUAGCUGAAAAUUCCGAAGGAACUGAUCAGAUCAGCACAAUUGUAGAAAUUGACCAAAAUAAUGGAGAAAAAAUAGAACGCCAAGCACCUAUUGUUGAGUUACACCCUAAGGGCACUCAGACUAUUCGUGUAGGUGAAUCAGCCAUGUUGAGUUGUCGCAGUAUUGCUGGAAUUCCAACUCCUGUUGUUCGUUGGGUGAGACUGGACAAUCUUCCACUGCCGCCGAAUGCAGAUGACAAAUAUCCAGGAACCAUAAUCAUUCGAAAUGCAGUGAUUGAGGAUGGUGGAUCUUAUCAGUGUAUUGGGGAAAAUAUUGCAGGAACUACAUCAGCUACAGCUGUGCUCAAUGUCCAUCAACCACCCAUGGUGACUGUUGAACCGGGCAUGGAUACUCUGGAAGUCACAGAAGGUGAUGAACUAACGCUAACUUGCAGGGCAGUAGGAUAUCCAUUACCAUCUGUUCAGUGGAUUGUACCAAACACGCCGCCAGGCGCCUGGGAUACAGGCAGGUUUGAAGGCACUCCAACGCAACAUCCAGUGGUUUUCCAAGUGUACGAAGUAAAACCUAGUGAUGCUGGGAUGUACAGAUGUGUGGCUAAAAGUGUUGCUGGAGAGGACGAACAUUUUAUUCGGGUGAUUGUGAAGAGCAAGCGUGGUGAUGUGGGGCCUCAUGAUAGGGACUACCCUGGACAUUCAGGUUCAAUUUAUGGAAAUCGUCCUGGUGGUGCUGUGAGCAGUGAGCCCGCCUAUCAUACAUAUACAGUGAAUGUGGGUCAAAGAGCGCAAUUAUCGUGUGAAGUCGAAGAUUCUUUCCAAAGAACUACAUGGCGUAGAACUGAUGGCUAUCCACUGCCAUUAACAGCCAAUCUCACACACGGAACUCUCAUUAUCGAGCGUACUCAAUAUGACGCUGCAGGGACAUAUGAAUGUAUAGUGGUCGGCACUGACUCGCCUCUCAUUAUUGCCUUAGCCCAGGUGGUUGUUGUGGAUGUGCCCAUUAUAACCUUCUCUCCCGAAAUGCCAAUUGUGGUGAGAUCUGGAGAGAACAUUGUCAUCUUUUGCAAUGCAACUAGUGAGAAACCUGUUGAAGUCUUUUGGCACGGCGUUAAUUAUAGUCCAUUACCACACUCUGUACGUGGUGAAGGACCUUAUCUCCUCUUUUCGCCGAUUACCCAGAGAGAUGCUGGCAAGUACUACUGCACUGCUUCAAAUAUUAACGGGAAUGUUACCAAGGCUGCUGAAGUUAUCGUCAAUCGAAACGAAAUUGUAGACCGCCAACCGAUGUACGAUCGGGUGCAGGAAGUGUAUGAAGGGGACAAGGUGACACUGGACUGCCACCUCCCAGAAAAGACACAUGAAGCGGAAGUGCAGUUCCAUUGGCGUCGUGAACAGGGUCAGAUAUCACCUAAUGCACACUCUCACUAUGGGCGACUUACACUGAGAGAUAUUCAUGCUGAAGACACCGGAAGAUACAUAUGUGAAAUGCUGUUGCCGAAUGGAAGCAUCACGCAGAGUUAUGUGGAUGUUCGACUAAAAAGUAAGUAUGAUGAUAGAGACCGUUAUAAUCGAAGGAGGCGCCACCGGUUGCACCAUCCCAUCAGGAAUCCAGGAGGAUACUAGGAGUCAUAAUAUUUGACUAUCUAUAAAUGUUACCCUUCUGUUUCACACUACUUUUACUGCCCACAAAUUCUGGCCAAUGUUUCUAAUUAUACAUUGUUUUAAUUCACUAAUUUUUUACGCUACUUUCAAUUUUGAUUAGUUUUUUUUUCUUUAAAUAAUAUUUCAUACAAUUUUACUAUGCUUUGUAAGUGCUUUUGAGAUAGAAGAAAAAUGAACGAUUCAUGGGAACAAUGUCGAAAGGAAAAUAAAGUCUUAAACAGCACA